AGAAAGAAAAUACAGGCCACUUUGUGGUACACGUACGGUUACAGUACAGUCGCACUGACUGAUGGGUCCAGUUGUACAGAAGCUAUCACGAGUUCUGUGAACGCCAAGCAAAGCGAAGCUCUUCCCACUUCAUGGCGUCUCUCCGGCUCGUGGCAGCACUGGCGCCCUCGCCCCCGCCCCCAUCUCGGCGGGAGCCGCGGAAACCUCCGCCGCCCGGGGCCCGCUUGGCGAGGGGCGUCACCCUCGCGGCGGCCGCCGCCACCGUGGCCGCGGCCGCGGCCUCGCCGCCGGCGCUAGCGGCGCUGGCCGAGCCGGCGAACGCGCUGUCGCUGCCCACCUGGGCCGUCCACGUCUCCAGCGUCGCCGAGUGGGUGACGGCGAUGGCGCUGGUCUGGGACUACGGGGAGCGCACGGGGUUGAAGGGCUGGAAGGGCCUCUCAUGGGGGAUGGUUCCGCUUCUCGGCGGAGCGAUGUGCGCGUGCACGUGGCAUUUCUUCUACAAUUCAGAGUCUCUCGAGGUACUUGUGGCGCUUCAAGGUGCGCUUACAGUGAUCGGUAACAUAACAAUGUGCAUAGCUGCGUACCGCAUCUACAAAGGGUCCCAAGAAAGCACUAACAACAACAGUCCAUAACCUGUGUAUGCACUCUUUCUCGAACAUCUGUCUGUCGGGUGGAAGCUUCAGCUUCUUUUUCCUUCUUACUAAGAGUUUUUCUUCUGUAGAUUUGAAUACCGUUCUUAAUUUGUAAAUCUGUCACACCUGAUUCGAGAAAAUGCAAAUGAUGGAUGCAAAGAAGGUAGACAAAGAAA